AUGGCUGCUAACAGUGAAAGCAAUGAUAAUAUAGAAACAAGAAAUACCAAUCCAACGGAUGAUGAAGACGUUACAUUUUUUUUUUUUUAUGAUAUAGUUAAACAAUUGAUUUUAAAACGUAAUGAUAUCGGAGACAGCUGUGUAUUAUCAAGCUGGUUGAAAGUGUUGGAACAAAAUAAAAAUAAAGUUGUUCGAAAUGAAUAUAUAAAACUUAUGACGUUGGCAUUGCAAUAUCCAGAGCCUAUAUGUCCAUUUAAAGACCCUCCCCCCGAGACAAUUGAUCCUUUGGAAAAUGGAGUAAUUGAAAUGUCAAGGAAGUUUUUAAAGAAAGAAGGCACUGCAACGUGUAUCGGAGACAUCGAAAAGGAUGUAAAAGACACUUUUCCAACAAUUAGCACAACUUUGUCCAACGACAAACGCCAAUAUGCUUCAUAUCAAGUUAUACCAAACGUAGGUGUUCAGUGUUAUUACGCCUUUUCAGACGUUCCAAUGUAUAACUGGUCUAUAUCAUCACAAGUAACAGUCCCUAAAAGUGGUCCACACGCUACAGACAUUGAAUGGGAAAGAGCACUAGCGGGUAUUAAAUUCGAAUUGCACAAACCGAGCACAGAAAAUAAAAAACCUUCAAACGCAAGAAAAAAUGCAACUUCUAAAGAUGUCGAAAGCGAAGUCAAGUUAUCAGUUUCUGGCAGCGGUGCUUCUAAGAAAAAGUCAGAUAGAUUAAAAGAAAGUGGGAAGACUCCAGAUAUAUGCAAUGUAAUGCACAUAGAGCAACAAAACCGAAAUGUGACCGAAGUAUUCGAAUGGAAUGAUGCUAGCUUAUUAACUGGAGAUAUAAGACUUGGCGCAGAAAUGUGUUCGGAUCGGAAAGUUGAUGCUCAAGUUAAGACACAAAUAGAACUUGAUAAGGAAGCAUUUAAUGCCUAUGAUAAACUUUAUCCUGGAGACUUCGUGAUAAACGUAGAACAGUCGGUUAUCGAUGACAUAAUUCCAAUCAAAAGUAACAUUGUUUCGGAAUCCGGCGAUAAAAAAACGAUCAAAGAAGAAGAGGAACAGCAACAGCCGUUGCUACAGGACGGCGGUGGCUGCGGUGGCGUGAGGAAAAAGCAACGCGAUUGCCCGCGGCCGAAAUUGUGCACGAUAAGGCAGAGCGCCGGCCACGGGAACGUCCAACCGCCGCCCGAAGAACGGCGGACAGUUGACGAUACGUCACCGUCACAGCAUCAGCGUCCACGGCUUUCCGAUAUGUAUCGCAAACAUGCCGCCGAAGAGAGCCACAAGAGCCGCAACGCGUUCGUCGAUCCGCCCGCGAGACGUCCGACGCCGGUCGACGACUACCGAGUCCCGCUGUCUGGACGUAGUGGCCGGGGAGCCGAAGACGACUGCAGCGGAAGCUGUUCCGGUUUGAAACAUGAGCGAUCCACCGAAUCGCACGCCGAACGUCUCUUGGACAGCGGGGUGCCGUUGAAAUGGUCGGAACGGCGAACCAUGUUCGACUCCACCGGCGAGCGUUCUGCGGAGGUGAGUUCAAUGUUGCGGAGCAGACGCACCGACUCGAAGUGUGUCAGCCUGGCUCAACUGUACCGAAGAUCCGCUAAAAGUCGGGACGACGAUUUGGACGAACCGCCGUCGGACGAGUAA